GCCCAUUUUUCUCCCGAUAUGUGGGAAACAUACCCAGAUGGAAAACAAAGAUGUUUGAAAGCAAAUGCUGUGCCUACGAUUUUCAAACAUAUGGCUCUGGCUGCAACCGGUGCAUCCGAAACUUUCCUGGGAGCUGAAGGUGCAUCGCAAUCGGGUCAUGAAGUAAAUUUUAAGAUGAAUGAAGCCAGCAAUAACAUAUAUGAUGCAACAGAAGCAAUUCAAGAACCUGUGAUAAAUUCGGAUAAUGAAAAUACAUUAAGUAGGACUAACAAUAAGACAUAUUUAACGUUUGAUCGCUGCAACUGCAAUACAUCACAGAAUUUGGAGAAACUGCUAAAAAGAAGUGAACAGUUGAGGGUUAAAAUGAGAAAAAAGUUGGUAACUAUGAAGAAGGAACUGAAGGAUUUGAAAAAUGAA